CCUGCGCCGCCGCCGCCGUGUGAGCGCCCGGUGCGGCGGGAGGCAGCGGAGCGGCGGCGAUGUGGGCGCCGUGGGCGCUGUGCCUGGCCGCGCUGGGCGCGGCGCUCGGCAGCUACUCGGCGGAUCAGUGCAGCUGGAGGGGCAGCGGCCUGUCGCAGGAGGCGGGCAGCGUGGAGCAGCUCUCCCUGCACUGCGCCGAGGGCUCGCUGGAGUGGCUCUACCCCACCGGGGCGCUGCGCCUGAGCCUGGCGCCCCGGCUGCCCGCGGCGGCCGCCGGCCGAGGCGAGGGCCCCGGGCACCUCACCGCCUGCGUCAAGCCCUCCGGCGCCUUCCGGGGGGCGCAGGUCUACCUGGAGCGGGACGGCGUCCUGGAGCUGCUGCUGGCCGAGGCGGAGGCGGCGGCGCGGCCCCGCGCGCGCUGCUUCAGCUGGCUGCCCCGCGAGAAGGUGGCCCUCUUCCUGCAGUCCACGCCGCACCGCGACAUCAGCCGCCGCAUCGCCGCCCUGCGCUACGAGCUGCGGGGCGACUGGCGCGCCCGCCUCGCCCUGCCCGCCGGCGGCCCCGGCGGCGAAGGGGCCUGCCGGCCGUGCAACGACACCGAGAUCCUGAUGGCCAUUUGCACUAGUGACUUUGUGGUCCGCGGCAGCAUCCGCAGCGUCUCCAACGACGCCGAGCUGCAGGAGUCGGUCAUCGGCGUGCCCUUCGUACCGUCAAGCGCCCAGCAGGUUGCAAACGUGAUGGCGCUGCUGGAGGGGCGCGCGGGGAAGACGGUGGACCUGGGCUCGGGCGACGGCCGGCUCGUAAUAGAGGCCUAUAAGCAAGGCCUGAGACCAGCUGUCGGCUAUGAGCUCAACCCCUGGCUGUUGCGCCUCUCCAACUAUCGGGCCUGGAAGGCGGGAUGUAAUGGGAAGGUUUCCUUCCUGAAGCAGGAUCUGUGGAAGGUGAAUCUUUCUGAUUGCUACAAUGUCACUGUGUUCCUGGCUCCCAGCGUGAAACCUCCCCUAGCUGCCAAGCUCCUUGCAGAACUCCCAGAUGAGGCCCGAGUGGUGGCUGGACGCUUCCCCUUCCCAUCCUGGACCCCAACCAGCACCGUUGGCAAGGGGCUGGAUCAAGUCUGGGCCUAUGACAUGAAGGAGGUGCGGCAAGCAGCACAGACCAGCGCGGAGGGAAGCCCAGUCUAACGGGCAGCGCAUUCAGAGUCUGGCAUUUCAAGGGUCACCAGCUAAGAAGGGGUAGGGAUCGGAGACGCUGUCCGAGCCUCUCCACACCAGUCUCAGCUCAGUGGCCCAGGAUAGCAGCGAAUGGGGGUGUGAGCGAUGCUUUGCCAGACUCUCCUGGAGACUCGCAGGAUCACAGCCCCUCCUUGUUUUCCAAAGUCUGGUCAGUUUGGGAGAACGGAGGGAAUUAAAUCUAGAAAUCCCAGAGUUACCACAGGUUUCAAGGGCUAAAUCUUCAGUGCCUCUUUCUGUAUGUUUGUUAGUUUAUUUGUGAUUAAUUUUUCACAAUAAAUAUUUGGACAGGUC